UUCAAAUGGAACAAAAUUAGAGGAAAAGGAAACACAAGAAAGAAAUAGUACGAAGAAGAAGAUGAUGGUAAAGAAUAGGAAGAAGGAGAAAAAUAUAGGAGAAAGAAGGAAAAUAGAGAAAGGAUAAAGGAGGAGGAUUUGAAAGAAGAAGAAGAAGAAGAAAAAGAAGAAGAAUAAAAAGAGAGAGAAGUAGACUUGGCAAACAUUUGUCGACGACGACGCUGCUUGGAAAAGCAGUCCUAUAAAGCAGUAAUUUUUUCAAACUGGUCUUCGAGACAUUUUUUUUCUAAUUUUAUUCAAAUUUCUUCUCUCCUCUCUUCUCUUCUAUUUUGAGUCAGUUAGCGCCGCGACCUUGCCCUGUUAACUAUGUUUCUCUCAGCUUCAUUCUAGUCAAAAUUGGUCAAUUUUAGAAAAUGUUUCCCAAAUUUUAAGGAAAAUCUCACAUUAGAAACAUGAUUUUCUAUCCAAGAGUUCUUGAAAUAUUUUCAAAAUCACAUUUGUGAGAGAACCCAACCUUCAAACCACCGUUUAGUUACCGUUACCGAUCGCGAAUUUAAGUAUAGUGACCACGUGGCAAUUAAACACGGUUUAUUAUAAAUUUAGUAAAUCAACCAACCAGCAUCAAAUCAACAGUUUCUUUUUAAAUCAAUGGUGAAAUAAUCAUUUGAGUUCUGUUUCAUUUUCAAAUUUCAUUUUCGUAACCAGUUAAAUUAAAAGAAAUACUGUACUAAAUUUUUUGCUCACUUAAAAUAGGGUUCCGAUUCUACAUUAUUUAUCCUGAAUUAGUGGAUUGAUUUUUGAAACAAAUCCUGAUAGCAAUCACUGAACAUAUCAUUGAAGAUAGUUUUUAUAGCUCACUCCGGGAAAAAAAUUCUAAGAGCCACAAGAAGUUUACUUUAGUGUCAAAAGCCAUUAUUGAAUUUGUAUAAUUAUAUUCAUAAUCUUCUAUUAUCUAAAGAAUAUUUUGUGAUAAAAGUAACAGUCUCUACAUUCAGAUUUUGUGAGAAAUUUAUAGGAGUGAUUGAUCACUGGAGAAAAAGGAUUUUCAAUUUUAAAACGCGCCAAUCCCUGGGGAUGAGAUGGCUCCGGCCAAGUUCACACGAAAACAAUGGGUGACCCUGUUCGCCAUUGGCAGUGUGCAUUUCUCCAGUGCCAUCUGCAUAUCACUUCAGGCCCCCUUCUAUCCUCAAGAGGCUGAACUGAAAGGAGCGACAGCAACAGAAUAUGGACUGGUAUUCGGAAGUUUCGAGUUUAUGGCCUUCCUCACUAGUCCAUUCCUUGGGAAAUAUUUGGACUCAGUGGGAGCCAAAUUGAUGCUGUGCAUUGGGAUGAUAAUCGCAUCUCUCUCUGACAUUUCUUUUGGACUUCUCGACUACGUUGAUGACCACAACACAUUUAUAACUUUGUCUUUCGUGCUGCGUAUGACUGAAUCUCUGGGAUCCACCUCAGCUCUAGUCGCGGCCUUUUCGAUCACCGCUGCUGUAUUUCAAGAUUCGGUGGCUACAACGUUUGCUACCAUCGAAGUAUUUUAUGGAGUUGGCUACAUUGUGGGCCCAACUGUAGGUGGGAUCCUUUAUGCUCUUGGUGGCUACAAACUUCCAUUCAUAGUGAAUGGUUCUGUGAUAAUGUGUGUGGCUAUUAUAGUAUUAAUGGUGCUGCCGACAAUCAACAACGACUCAUUGAGCAAAAAUGACGCAACAAUAUUAUCGAUUCUGAAAGUGCCGGCAGUAUUUUUAAAUUCAGUGAGUGUAGUGGCUACUUCAAUCAGUAUGGGAUACUAUGCCGCUACCCUAGAGCCUCAUUUGAGAGUGUUCGAGCUGUCACCAGUGGCAAUGGGCAUGAUGUUCAUAAUCAGCGGCGGUACGUAUGCCCUGAUUGCGCCCAUUGUGGGCCGUCUCUGCGACCGGUGGAUCUACCCCAAACAGGUGAUUGUGUUCGGUUGCCUCCUCAUCAUGACCAGUUUCAUGAUCGUCGGUCCUGCGCCCUUCCUACCUAUUCCCACUACACUACCAAUGUGCAUAAUUGGUCUAGUCAUUCAUGGAGUGGGUCUCGCCUGUAUGAUGGUUCCCACAUUCAUAGACUCCAUCUGCUCAUCAAUUGACGCAGGCUUCGACGAUGAUAUUUCGACAUACGGCCUGCUCUCCGGUCUGUGGACGUCUUCGUUUGCACUGGGGGCGUUCAUUGGUCCCUCAGUGGCCGGGGUCCUCUUCGACUAUGUCGGCUUCCGCAAUGGAACACUCUUUGUCAUUGUCAUCAUGCUAGUGCUGUCGAUCGUGGUGACAGUCUUCAUAGCGACGGAGAAGAAGAAGCCGCGUUCGCCGAAACGCGUUCGACUGCUGAGUGAACGUCCGGACGAGAUCGAGGACGACGAUCCCCUGCCUCCCCCCACCAACAUUCCUUCAGAUCGCGAGAGCGAUCGCCUUCUGCGAUCACCGAACAGUUACAUGGUCGGAAGUCCGACAUCCACCGAUUGGCAUGUCGAGCAUGCUAUGAAAAAGAACGGCUAUGGAGCAAUUGUCAAUGCUACGGCUAUGUAGAUAGUUACACUCUUGGAACAGAUUUAACUAGACUAGACUAGAAACUAGUCUAGUACUCGACUAGAAAUUAUCGUAAAACGGAGAAAGUUUGUAUAAAAGGAGAGAUUCUACCAUGUUAUGCUAUAGAAAGGGCAUAGAGCCAUUGUCAACGCUACGGCUGUGUAAAUAGGUACACUAGAAACAGACUAUAAACUCUAGUAAACUAAACCUCGACUAGAAACCUUCGUGAAACGGAGAGAAUUUGUUGAAAAGAGGAGAUUCUAUCAUGUUAUGAAAUAGAAAGUGUAUGGAGCGGUUCUACGGCUAUGUAGAUAGGUGCUAUCGUAAAGUGAAAAAACAAUUAUUUGGAAAUUUGUUAGGGGAUGAGUUGGAUAGGGAGAUGAGAGAUAACAUAUUAAUAGACGUAAAAAAAGAUAAUGAAAAUUCAAUUAAAAGAAUAAAAUAUAUAGUACGCUUGAUUGACAAUAGGUAAAACAUAAGUUUUCAGAAAAUGACUCGAAAGAGUUGUAUUUUUUCAUAGAAGAAUAGGUGGGUGUUCCAAAAUGUGUUUUUGAAUGAAUUGAUGAUAUAGAAUUUACAGAUGAAUAAUUUCCAAGACUACACAGGAAUAGAUAAAUGUUGAAGUAUCGAUGAUAUAUAUAAUCAAAAAGGAAUCUGUAGAUGAGAUGUAAGAAAAACUGUUCAUGAAAACUUUUUUUAGAUUCAAUGAUGGUAAUGUUAAUUUUAACAAUGAAUUAACGUAAAUGCAUGUAGUGAACGUGAGAAAAGCAGAUAUCAAUAAAAUUGAAUGUCUCCUACGCCAUUAAAUGGUGUUAAGAUUCUCGAAAAUGUUCACAGAAAUGAAGUUUUGUAUAAUUUAGGAGCUAGUUAAGUGUAAUAGUCAGGGUAGCUCUACAUCAUGCUUUUGAAAAGAGAGAUGAGUAGGUAUUUGUUCUGUAUAUUAUGUUAUGAUAUAAUUUUCAAACGGUACUAGACUAUCACAGAUAGGGUACAUCUAGCAUGGAAAAAUAGAUACUUCUAGAACUAGAACAGAUUAAUAGCUUAGGAGCAUACAAACAUUUCUCAGUCAUAUUCAAAUCAUUUUUAGAAUCUAGCUGAUGACUUGAAUUGUAAUAUCAUGAAUUAUUAAUUUAGGCAAAAUAAUAACCAUCACUUAUUGUAAUGAGAAUGAAAUUAAAUAUUUUUUAGAUCUAUGAGGGAGAUGACAGACUGUUAUUUGUACAGUAUGAUCUUCCAAGUAAAUGUACAGUCAUCUCAAACACUCAAGUCUGCUUUUUUAAUGGACUUUUUCUUUGCUGGGCAGAAAAAACACUCUUAUGGGAGUGUUCACACACUGGCAGUUUGCGAAUGUGUGGAAACUCCCACAAGAACCAACAAUAUUUUAAUCUGGGAAAAGAAAAUCAUGGGAAAACAGGACUUCGAACAAACAUUAUUGCUCUUUUUCAAAGUAGAUAAAUACUAUUUCUCAACAAGAAUGUUUGUAUUAUCAUUGAAUAGAAUUAUUGACAAUAAUCUGUAAUAAUUAAUUAUUAUAGUUUUCUAUCGAAAUAAGUUACAAGCGCUGGAUAACAGAUCUUCUCGUCUUUUAUAUAUUGUUACUCUUGAUUCUCUUAAGAUUUGAUGUGUUUUAUUAGUUUUAUUUCCAUGUAUUUCUUUUCUGUUUGUUUACGAUGUACAGUAGUUUAUUGAUAUAUUAUUUCAUAUUUUGUUUGCUUUUGGAUGUUGAGUUUAUGACAUUGGAACUUCACACAAUACUGUUGUUAAUUCCUUAGCAUAAAUUAUAAUACGUAAAAUUAGUAUUUUAGAGUAUAUUCUGAUGGAAUAUGAAUUUGUGAAAAAGAGUUCUGUGCAUAGAAUAUACAAUAGUCUAUGUUUUUAAAAUCUUGCAAGAAAUCAGAAUAGAAUCAAAAUUCAAAUGGAAUUUUUCAAUUUCUUUGGAAUGAUUGAAAUUUUCUGUAGAUAAUCCAUUUUAAGAAUUUCACAAACCAUAAAUUAUUUCAUUGUCAAAAGUUUCUUCGAUC